AUGUCCAAGAAAAAAGUUAGAGCAGGCCAUCGAGGAUUUCUAACGGGAGUCCUUCCUGACGUUGACGAGUGCUUAUACAGCUAUGAAGCUGAGAAGAAAGUUGAACUUGUUAAGUGGCACACAGUCCUUAAAGAACGGCUUGACAACAUCUUGCCCCUUGACGAGGAAAUUUAUGCUGAACUCGUAGCCGAUGAAAAAUCCACCGAAGAAGACAUCACAGCAGAGAUAGACAGAGCUGCAAGAUUGAAGGCUGACGUACUUCAAAGACUUGCAGCUAUAGACGAAAAGCUAACUGUGCUGCAGCCUGGAUUGAGCGAGAGUCAAAACAUGAGUGGGUCUCCUUCUAGUCCUUACCAGAAUGUCGUCGAGAACGGAGCGACCUCGAGCUCAGCGAACUCCAAGACCGUCCGGAUUAAACUCCCAAAACUGGAGGUACGAAAGUUUAGCGGAAAGCUGGAAGAGUGGUAA